CUCUGUCGAAACCUUAUGACAGAGUUAAAGACACAAACGAUAUUCCAUAGACCUAGAAUAUCGGUGAAGCAGGGAAUAGUAUGGCCGAUGUCUGGGUCGGAAUAUUGGAGGAGAAGAAUGUCUUUAUUCCAACCGAUCAUCGGCUGUAUGUACCUGAUUCUGUCAUCAUUCACAGGUAAUGCAUUUGGUAUCAUGUGCCAGAAAUAUGUAUCAUUAGAAUCAUCACCUGGUAGUAACCAUGACAACCAGACGAUAGACUGCCCAUUUGCUUGCUUUGCGUCAUGGCGACAGGAAAAGCCUGAUCAUGUGAUUGUUCUGCAACAGGGUUGCAUGGGAAGUCACAAAGACGAAUGUAUGGUCACUUCAUGUGAACAGAAUGUGAAGUCCAGCCAAUCAGAGCACAAGUUCUGCUGCUGUAGCACUGACCAGUGCAAUGUUGUCCAGAAGAAAGGUGUCAUUGUGACAUAUAAAACAUACAACACAGCCAGAUUAUCUCCCCCUGUCAGCAGGAAAUCAUCAUCUCUGUUCCAACAACCAUCAAAGCAGACCAAUACAAAAUGGCCAUUUUACUCUGAGAAUGAUCAAGAAUCAGCUCUGGAUGUCCAGCCAGAAAUCAACAAAGGGCCAUCUCUAACAUGUGCUUUCUAUGAUCAUCCAAACAACUUCAAAACAUCCAAGGUAUCGAGCACUCCAAUACUGGCCUCUCAGGACUCUACCACACAGGAGAUGGGCAAACAGCUACAGAAAUGUGAGAAAGAGGACGAUUCAUGCUUUACCAUCUGGUCUUAUGACCAGGAAAAUGACACAGAGUCCUUAACAAUAAUCAAACAAGGAUGCUUCCAGUCUAAGCCGGACAAUGGCUGGUGUAGUGAAGGUGUUUGUAGGUCAAGUACUCCAUACAAGAUGUUAGGCACCCACAAAAGAGCCAAGUUCUGCUGUUGUAUUGGCAACCUAUGUAACAACAACAUCUCAGAUGUCAACAUCAGCGUGUCUUCACCAGUGGACUCUAUAACUCCAGCUUCCAGCUAUUUGUCGGUGGAUUCCUAUCGACUAUACAAGGAAAAAACCAUCAUCAUUUCCCUGGUGUCCAUCUGUUCCAUCUCUCUGAUUGUCAUGGGGUCUUUCCUGCUGUACCGAAUCUGUCUGUCCUCCCGUAAACAACCCCCCAGCCCCUUGGACUUGGUGGAGGCCCCACCCCUCCCUGGAUUCCAGUCCGAGGAUCUCAGAAUCAUGUCUCUGAUCUGUAAGACAAAGAACGGGGAGGUCUGGAAAGGACAGUUAGGGGAGAUCCCAGUGGCUGUGAAAGUCUUCAGUCAAAAUCACAAACAUCUCUACCAGAACGAGAAGUACAUCUACUCACUGCCAUUUAUAGAGCAUGAAAAUCUGCUGAAAUUUUACGGGACGGAUGAACGACAGAGCAUGGAGGGAUUUUGGCAGUAUAUGAUUGUCUUGUCCUACGUACCGAGAGGAAGCCUGUUUGGAUACCUACAGAACAACACAAUAGACUGGGAGACGUUCAGUAACAUGUGUCUGAGUAUUGUCAGGGGCUUAGUCCAUCUCCACACAGAUCUAAGGAAUGGAGACCAGUUCAAGCCUACGAUUGCACACAGAGAUCUAAACAGUCGAAACAUCUUGGUACAGGAUGACCUUACUUGUGUCAUUGGUGACCUUGGAUUUGCCAUAACGACCAUGGGGUCAAAGUUGAUCAGGAAUGGCCAAUAUGAGUAUGCUGAACAGGCCUCUCUACAAGAUGUUGGGACUUUAAGGUAUAUGGCCCCGGAGCUUUUAGAUGGUGCUGCUAAUUUAAGGGAGUCCGAAGCCUCCUUAAAACAAAUUGAUGUCUACUCACUCGGAUUAGUGCUGUGGGAACUUGCCACCAGAUGUCAGGAUUUGUAUCAUGGCUGUCCUGUCCCAGAUUACCAGAUGCCUUACCAACAGGAAGCUGGCUCUCAGCCAACUUUUGAAGAGAUGCAGAUUCUGGUUUCUAGGAACAAAGUGAGACCUAAGCUCCCCGAGGUCUGGCAAAGUCACAAUCAGGCCGUUUACAUUCUGAAGGAGACGAUGGAGGAGUGCUGGGACCACGACUCCGAGGCGCGACUGACGGCCGUGUGUGUAGAGGAGAGGAUUCACGAUAUGAUCGCACUCUGGUCUCAGGAGGGCAAACAAAAAGGCUUGACUCCAACGAUAACAACAACGAGUAACUCAUUCCAGUUUUCUUCUGAGCCAGAGAGAACGACACAGGAACUUACGGGAAUGGCUUCAGUUAGAGAGGACACAACAACAUCCAGCUAUGUGGACAAUAACACCACAAGUAUGGUUAUCAGUUCUCCACCUAACGGGUACAUCAACUCCCGCCCGUCAUCCUGGUACAACAGACCGGGCAUGACCACCUCGGGCUCCACGACAGAAACUUUUGUUAUGAUGUCUCCCUCGGAGGAGGAAAACCCUCCCCCAGUCAAACUGUUAAAUGUCACCCUAGCUAAAAAUAACAUGGUGCUCCCCGUUCACCAAGGGAGGAACCCCACAGUGGAACGGAACACUCAUAAACGUAGUGACGAGGAGCUCAGUGUGGCAGGAAACAAACUGGUGUAUAACAAUGAGAGAUCUGACACAGACAGUGGGCAAAGAGUGCCCCCCUUGUUGGAUGAUCUUUUACACUCAUUCAGUGACAGCUUAGAAACAUCACUAGUUCAGAAUGAUGUUUUAGGUCAACAUAGAAAUCCACCUAUCCCUUUUCUACAAAAUCAAGUGCAUGAGAGUCGUGUUGUCAGGCCAAAAGUGGCCAAUGUACCGCAAGCAAUGCAGCUCUCAGAACAAGAGAAACCACACCAGAGUCGUUUCAAAAAUCUGGUAAAGGUCAAAGAUAUCGGAAGUAAGUUGCCAUUUUUCAAGAAGAAAGGAAGACAUGUUCAUAAAAAGAUAGGAAAACAUGGCCAGGAGAAUGCCUCUGAAGUCAGCAAUUUAUUACAAGAUCAACAUGUUCAAAAUCCAAACCUGUACCAAGAACAGCUUGGUCAGCGGCCAGCAACAUGGUCCAGUCCUGCUCAUGAGAGUUCUACAAAUGCUAUAGAGACAGAGAUCAGGGUAACAAAUGGUAGACCGUUUGUACGACCAUCUGAUCAAAAACAAAGCAAUGUCAUCUACAUGGCAGAAAUGGGCAGGACUAAGAUGGAGACUCCAGGUCCAAGGUCUGCUGUCUUGGUAACCAGGUCAGGAGGUCAUUCUAAAAGUGCAUCAGACAUAAGUCCUCAAAGAGAGUUCUGUCAUUUUUCUAGUGUCACAGAAUUGGAUGAUGUGUUCUGUAAGAGAAAGAGACCAAAUUCUCUUUCUUUGCGAGGACAUAACUACAAAGUAAAAUCACCACCCAAGUCAAAUACAUGUGAAAGCUUUGCUUUACUUGGAAAGGAAUCAGUGGAUGAAGGAAAAAUUCAAAGAGAGAAUUCAUCGGAGAAAAUUAAAAAGAGAGUCAAAACCCCAGUCACUCUUGCACAGAAUCGACUGUCCUUGUACGAUGAUCGUUUGAUGACUCAUUAUAUACUGAACACGCCAGAAUUUACAAGCAAGCCCAUGAAAGGUUACAGGAUGCUAGGCGAUGAUGUUAAUGCUAAUAUUGUUAUCACAAGUGAACAGAGCUGUUAAUGCUAAUAUUGUUAUCACAAGUGAACAGAGCUGUUAAUGGCAAUCUCCGCAUUCUUGUUAGCUUUUGAGAUCAUUUUAAAAAGGAUAGAUUGCAGAUGGAUUUUUUUUUGUUUGUUUUUAACUAUCACUAAGGAUUUCACUGGGUUUUGUUUUUAUUAGAGGGGGAAAUUGAACAAAGGGGAUUUUUAUGUGCCCAGAUUGAUAGAUCCGAGGCUUAUAUUGUUUUUGUGCUGUCUGUUUACUUGUUUGUCUGUUUGUCUGUCUGUCUGUUGUCAACUUUAACCUUCGCCAUAACUUUUGAACCGUGAGACAUAGAGACUUCAUAUUUGGUAUGCCUAAUCCACUAAUUAAGUUCUUUCAUAUGACACCAAGGUCAAUGACCUUGACUGUGACCUAUAUACUAAAAAUAGCUUUUUCGAACUUUUGCCAUUACUUUUGAAUCAUAAGAGAUAGAGACUUCAUAUUUGAUAUGCAUACUCCACUAGAUAACCUCUUUCAAAUGACACCAAAGGAAAUGACCUUGUGACCUUGACUGUGACCUAUAUGCUAAAAGUAGUUUGUUUGGAACUUUAUCGCUGCCGGGCGCAUAGUGUUUCAUAAACACUUCUUGUAUUUGUUUACAAUAUCCUUUUUCCAUUGUAUUGAUUGUUUGUUUUUUAUCUGUUUGAAAAUGUGGAUCUUUUAUGUUAUGAUCUAUUUGGGCAUUCUUAUAUAUUUUUGUUGAAAAUUUUCUGUGGUAAGUGAAAUUUAAUUUCAAGGGCAACCAUUUGCUUGGUGCUUUAUAAGAUAAAGUUAUGGAGAUACACAUAAUAGUGAUGCAAAUAGGAUUUUUUUAUGUAACCAUUUAGUUGUUAUUUUAUCUGACCAAUUACCUUCCUUUUAAUUGAACUGACUUUUAACAUAUCAGAGUUCUUUAAUUUUGAAACAAAGAAGAACAGAUAACAACUUGGUAUCCCCCCCUCCCACCACAAAUUAUUGCUUUCAGAUUUUAAACCAUAUUUUCUUCAACAUUCACAUUAUUUUUACUUUUUUUUCAAUUUUGUAAAAAUCAUUUAACCAAUUACAUGUACUUGUGAAAAUUAUUGACUGACUGGUUAUUAAAACGGUAACUAGUUGUAAAUAUUCUAACUGAUAAUUGGUUAACCCUUUGUCAUCCUUAAUGUAAAGUAAUUUAAUCUAUGAUAUAUAAAGCAUUAUGGUUUUUCCAUGCUAAAACUGGUUUAGAAAUUAAAAGCAAGAACUGUAACGCCUGGUAUAUUUUUCGUAGGAAGUUUAUGAAGUAAUUAUUGCACAAGAGAGGCCAGCUAGUUUAAACCAAAAGGGAUCAAACUUUCAGUAUUUGACUGAAUCAAUUUCUAUAAAACUUUACUAAAGUUAAAAUUUACUUUAUUUGAUAUAUAUAGUGCUGAACUAUAGAGAAAAAACCACUCACUGCUUGUAUGAUCAAGGAAUAUGAAUUACAGUCUGUAGAUGUCUUAUCUAUUGCAUAACUUUAAAGAUUACCACUUCAAUCAUACAAGACCCGAUACAUGUAGCAUCUGCUGUUAUGAUGGUUAUUGCAAGAGCUGUUCAAUUUUGAAAGAGAUCAAGAUUUUAGAACUGUUGUCAUUAUAUUUCUAGUGAAAUGAAGACUUUUGUUCACUGUAAAUGAAGAAGAAUGGCAUUAUUUGGUGCAUCUUGUGAAUGUCCUGUUUUGUUAAUAAUUGCUUAUUUCAAUUAACUCUUUUAUGUAUUGAUAAAGUUGUAAAGUAAUUAUGAAUAUAUGUAAUUUUUCGUGCACAUUUCGCUUAUGAAGCAGUAUUUUAUGUAUAUUUUGAAAAUAACUGAUUUUGUUAUUGUGAUAAUAUUCUGUCCCCUUAGUUAGGAGUUGGCUCCCCUUAGUCUAGUUGGUUAACCUUUGAACUCUGCCUUUUCUACAUCUUCUUAAGUUGAGAGAUAACAUGAUAAGUCGGUCACUCAUUCAUUAUGUGCUAUAAAUGGGAGAUAACAAAUAUUCUCCUGUAAUUUUUUUUUGAUUUUUAUGAUAAACUCUGAAGUCUUUCUUCUAUAAAAGUCCAUUUGUUUUUAUGACUAAAUUGAUUAUUUAGACAAAUUUUUUUUCACUGUGAUGUGAUAAUUUUUAUAAAAAUUUGAUUAUGUAGUGUUAUUUUAGGGUAUUUGUUCUAGUUUAAAUCACAACUCCGAGUAAACCAAAUAUUAUGGACGACCUUGGUCCUAAUUGGCUUCUCUUUGGUUUUUUUUUUUUUUUUUUUUACAUAAAAUUAAUUUUUUACAAGCAAUGCCAUGAGAAUCUGCUUCUUGUUUUAAAGAGUAACAUAGAAUCUCAUUAAAUGGAUUAAGAAAUAUUCUUUUUGUGUUGAAAAUUUAAGUCCAAGCCUAACUUUAUUUUUUAUAAAAAUGAAUUCAUUCACCAGCUAUUCUUGAAUUUCAUUUAAAUAUAAAUACCCAUAUCCAAAGACUAUAAAAGUACAAGGUAAAUUUUAAGAUUUGUGUCAGUUAUACAAGUAGCUGAAGCAUUGAUUGACAAUCUGAUCAGGUUACUUUAAGGUGUUCAUUUUCCCGUACUUAUUAUUCUAGGCCAAAUGGUCCAGAGUGUAGAGAUAAAACUGUUUGUUUAGAAGCAUAAUGUGUCCAUGACAACUGAUUUAGAUCAUUGCUUUUUUUUUUACAGUAGUUUAUAUUCAUGACUGAUGAACAUAUAUACUUAAUAAAAAAAUCAUUUCUUGUGAAGUUAACAUUUAAGUCUGAAAAAAAGUUUAUUGAGUCAAACUUGCAUUCAGCAGUCACAUUUGUGAGUCAGACAAUGUGAUCUGUCUCUCCUUUCUCUGUAGCAGUGUCUGGGCCAUUUUAAGUUGUGUACAUUGCAUGACUUUGCUCCUGUCAUGUCUGAGACAAAAAUUCAGAACUGGUGUGACAAAGCAUAACAAAGAUGUGUAUUCAACAAGUAAAUCAUUACACAGUUUAAGAACUGAUCCUAUGAUAGUAAGGUACAAGCAGUCUCAUAAAUGUUUUCAAAAUCAGUCUUCAUCACUUAAAUAGACAAGACUGAAUGACAGAUAUUCAGAAUAUAAUCUUUAGUUGCAAAUGAGAGAUUGCAAAUUAUUACAUAUUGACAAAUGUUGGCAUUUCUUUUGAUAUGUUUUAUUGUACAAUUUGGAGCCAUAAAAUUAUGUGAAUUUUUUAGCUUCUAAUUCAUCUUUUUACACUUGUUGCUUCCCAUAUUUUGUAAUGCAGACAAAUAUAAUGUACAUGGGUAGUGUUGUAAACUAGUGUGUAUUAAUGAAUGUCAGGUGUAAAGCAUGAGAAUACAUACUUUAUAUUUGUCACAUAGUGACUAGAUGUGUAUCUUUGUGUGUAUAAAUAUAUCAACAUUUGUUUUAAUUUUUUUUUUCUAAAAAGAAGAAAAAAAAUCCAUUAUUUUGCCCAUUUUUUGAAGCACAGAUCUCGUUCUUUUUGUAGCAUGUAGUUUUCCUUGCAAUUAUGAUUACAGCAAUAUUUUUGUCACUAGGAAUUGAUGUUUUUUGCCUUUGUUGUUCGUCCUCAGAUCAAUCUUUGACUUUCACCUAUGUGUAGAUAUAUCAGUAUUCUACCAUUCUUUAUUUGCCAGAAACUAUAUGUGUUGUGUAAAACAUUUCUAGGGAAAAACUUGACAAGCUUUUGAAAAAGUUACACAUUUUCUCUGUAAAUACUGUCUCAAUCUUCAAAAAGAAAAAACAUUUUUUGUCAACAUUUUACUUGCAGGCAUCAUUGUACUUUUUGCAUGUUUUAAUAUCACUCACAAAAUGAUUGAAUCAGACAACAUGUAUUGAUCAGAAGUAAGUAAGACUUGCUUUCAGAGUGUAUAGUUUUCUGUAUAAAUUCCUACUGUUAAGUCUAUGUAUAUGACUGUUGAGUUUUUCACAUGAUUUACUAUGUAGCUAUUAUGGUGCUUUGGUUCAGCCCCAGUCGUGUUGUGCUCUAUUCAUGUUGCAUUCACACCUGUGAAUUUAUAUAGAAUGCCAAAUUUUUUCGUGCCUGUACUUUUCAAUUUGCUUGCAAUUAAAUUGCAUCAGUAUAUUUAA